CAACUGGAAAUCCCAGAUAAGCCCCAGUACUGGUCAGAACUAGUUUGGCAGCUCUGGGGAACUUUUCUGGCGGACUGACCCUCCCCACCGCAGGAGCUGGCAGUUUUGGGAAAAGAAGAAAGAAAAGAAAGAAAGAAAAAAAAGUGAACUAUAAGGGCUGAGAGGAGUGGCUAAAAUUAUUUGAAACACUAAAAUUCUGCUCCAUUACAAGUGCAAGUUUACAGUUAGAGAUCCAAACAGGAUUGCCCCCUGCGCCACAUUCAUUCUCUCGCAGUCUCGCCUCUCCUUUGCAAUGCUGAUUUUUGUUGUAGUGCAAUUUGUUUUGCAGUGCGAUUGUUGAAGCCAUAUAAUCCUUCCCCAACAAGACUUUUAGUCAAUGCAUUCUUUUCUGCAAUGCCAUUAUUAUUAUUAUUAAUUAUUAUUAUUAUUGCAAUUCAAUCUCUGCCCUUUCCCCUCCCUACUCGAAACGCACUCCGGCUGUGAUUGCUCGGGUCUGACUUCGAGAGUGGCAGUGCGCUUCCAAACCCCCUCGUCAGCCCCCCGCCCCCCUUUCCCCUCCCUCUCUUUUCCGCGCCCAGGCCAGAGCAGCCGAUUGGCAGAGCGGAGCUUUCAGGAACAAUAACAGUGGGGGGACCCCCGGCCCGGGGAGCCGCCCCCGCCCCCGGCCCGGCUGCGCGGCUCGCGCCCCGCCGGGUCCCCACCUCCGUGCGGCCGGGCCCGCCCCCGCGCCCACCAUGUACGCCUUUGUGCGGUUCCUGGAGGACAACGUCUGCUACGCGCUGCCCGUGUCGUGCGUGCGCGACUUCAGCCCCCGCUCGCGUCUGGAUUUUGACAACCAGAAGGUGUACGCCGUGUACCGGGGCCCGGAGGAGCUGGGCGCCGGGCCUGAGAGCCCCCCGCGCGCCCCUCGCGACUGGGGUGCGCUGCUGCUGCACAAGGCCCAGAUCCUGGCGCUGGCAGAAGACAAAUCUGACCUUGAAAACAGUGUGAUGCAGAAGAAAAUAAAAAUCCCCAAACUCUCUCUCAAUCACAUAGAAGAAGAUGGGGAGGUUAAAGAUUACGGGGAAGAAGAUUUACAGCUUAGACACAUCAAGAGACCCGAGGGGCGGAAGCCAAGCGACGUGGCACAUAAGAGCAUUGAGGCCGUGGUGGCCCGGCUGGAGAAGCAGAACGGCCUGAGCCUGGGCCACAGCACAUGCCCAGAGGAGGUCUUCGUGGAGGCCUCGCCGGGCACGGAGGACAUGGACAGCCUGGAGGACGCCGCCGUGCCCCGGGCUCUGUAUGAGGAGCUGCUGCGCAACUACCAGCAGCAGCAGGAGGAGAUGCGCCACGUGCAGCAGGAGCUGGAGCGGACUCGCAGGCAGCUGGUGCAGCAGGCCAAGAAGCUCAAGGAGUACGGGGCGCUCGUGUCCGAGAUGAAGGAGCUGCGUGACCUCAACCGCAGGCUCCAGGACGUGCUGCUCCUGAGGCUCGGCAGCGGUCCCGCCAUUGACUUGGAAAAAGUAAAGUCAGAAUGUCUCGAGCCCGAGCCGGAGUUACGGAGCACUUUCAGUGAGGAAGCAAAUACGUCGUCCUAUUACCCCGCUCCUGCACCUGUCAUGGACAAGUAUAUCCUAGACAAUGGCAAGGUCCAUCUGGGAAGCGGGAUCUGGGUUGACGAGGAGAAAUGGCACCAGCUACAAGUAACCCAGGGAGACUCCAAGUACACGAAGAACUUGGCAGUCAUGAUUUGGGGAACAGAUGUUCUGAAGAACAGAAGCGUCACAGGAGUUGCCACAAAAAAAAAGAAAGAUGCUGUCCCUAAGCCGCCCCUCUCGCCUCACAAACUAAGCAUCGUCCGAGAGUGUUUAUACGACAGAAUAGCACAAGAGACUGUGGACGAAACAGAAAUUGCACAGAGACUCUCCAAAGUCAACAAGUACAUCUGUGAGAAGAUCAUGGAUAUCAAUAAAUCCUGUAAAAAUGAAGAGCGAAGGGAAGCAAAAUACAAUUUGCAAUAAACUUUGGAUUUUUCAUAAAGCCUUCUCGUUUUCCUUGUGCGGCGUGUGAUUUGCGGGCCACGGCGCCAUCGGAUCAGACCCAUCGCGCCCGGUGGCGCGUGGCAGGGAGCCAGUGGGGUUCCGGGGUCGCGGCUUGUGCUGAACUUGGACCUCCCACUUCAAAGAAGGCGGAUGGAUGUGCGGAGCCUCGGGCAUGCCGGCACCGGUGUUGUUCCGGGGACGGGAAAACGUCUUUCCGGCGGGGAAUGGAGUGUCUCUGACCUGCCUGUCACUUGACCCAGAAUGCAAACUGAUAUUUUUACCAUUCAAGGACUUUUAUCUCUGUUUCUCUAUUUUGUUCUAUAAUAAAGCUCAUUAAUUCUUUGAUGUA